AUGGUUAACAAAGACUGGGAUAUUUUAAAACCAACUCUGUCGGUACCUGUUUUAAAUAGCAUUAAAAAACAAGGCUUUAAGGCUAUGACUCCAAUUCAAGCUGCGGUUAUUCCUUUACUCUUGUCGUGUAAGGAUGUUGUCGCGGAAGCUGUUACCGGUUCAGGAAAAACCUUAGCAUUCGUAGUGCCUAUGCUAGAAAUGCUGAGAAAAAAAGAAAAAGAUUCUACACUGAGAAAAGAUUUUGUAUAUGCCGUUAUUAUUUCUCCAACAAGGGAGUUAGCUACGCAAAUUUACGAGGUCAUUAAACAAUUUCUACUUGAACCUGAGGUAGCGCACAUUUCACUUUGUUGUCUUGUGGGUGGACGACCGGUUGAAGCGGACGUGGAAAACGUUAAAAAAGGAGCACAUAUUGUGGUUUGCACCCCUGGUAGAUUGCAGGACUUGUUAGCGGAGCAGAAAAAUCUUAAUUUGCCUGGACGCAUUAGAGAUUUAGAACUCCUCAUAUUAGAUGAAGCAGAUCGUCUAUUAGAUCUUGGCUUUAACAAUACACUAACAACUAUCCUCCAAUACCUGCCUCGUCAAAGGAGAACAGGUCUCUUUUCCGCUACUCAGACUAAAGAACUGCAGGACCUUGUAAGAGCUGGUUUAAGAAACCCAGUGCUGGUUAGUGUGAAGGAGAAGUCCAGUAUAAGCACACCUGUAGCUUUACAAAAUUAUUAUAUAGUUGUAGAACCACAAGACAAGUUCCUAUUUCUACUGAACUUUAUAAGAAAUCGGCAAACAAUGAAAGGCCUAUUUUUUUUACCCACAUGCGCCUGUGUGGACUACUGGGCAGACGUGUUACCAGUUGUUCUGACAGAUUUAAAAAUCUUUGCAAUCCACGGGAAAAUGAAACUGAAGAGGGCGAAGAUAUUGGAGAAAUUUCGUGGGGCUGAGAGUGCAAUAUUGUUAUGUACAGAUCUGAUGGCUAGAGGCCUUGAUAUUCCUGAAGUGGAAUGGGUCAUACAAUGGGAACCUCCCACCAAUCCAGCUGCUCUGGUACAUAGAGUGGGUCGAACAGCCCGAGGUGGAGCAGCAGGAUGUUCUUUGAUACCAUUGCUGCCCACCGAGGAUGCUUAUGUACCCUUUAUUAAAGUCAACCAGAAGGUGGAACUUCAAGAUUGGAGCCAGUCAAGUGAUCAGAUCAAGAUUACUGAUAAGCUAAGAGAUAAGGUACUGAAAAUCUUGCACAAUCAACAAAUGUCAGACAGAGGCAUUCUUGAUAAAGGAAUGCGAGCUUUUGUUUCGCACAUAAGGGCCUACUCUAAGCAUGAGUGUAACAUACUGUUACAACUCAAGGAGUUGCCGUUAGGUCACAUAGCAACCAGUUAUGGCCUCUUAAAGCUGCCACUGAUGCCUGAAAUAAAGGAAGAGCAUAAAACACAAUUUAUAGGCCCGAAUGAGAAGAUAGACUUCAACAGCAUACCAUAUAAAGAUAAGCAGAAGGAAGCGAGCAGAUUGCAAAAAUUACAAGAGUAUAAAAAGACUGGUAUAUGGCCUUCUAAGAAAAAGAAGAAAAUUGCCAAAACGCAAGCAUGGGAACAAACGAAACUACUUAAACAAGUAAAGAAAGAAAAACGAAAGAAACGAAAAGAGACGAAAACCAAAAUGGUUAAGGAGGGCAAGAAUAACAAAAAACGGAAAACGGUCACACAAGAAGAGUUAGAGGAACUAGCGGCCGACGUUGCGUUAAUAAAAAAACUAAAGAAACGAAAGAUUAAUGAUGAUCAGUUUGACAAUGCUUUCGAGAUUGGCAAAUGA